AUGUCUCUUGCUCCCAUGCCUUCUCCGGCAAAGAAACGUCCAAUCUCUGACUUCUUUCGGCCAUAUACCAAAAGCAGUGUCCCCACUAAGCGACCAUCGCCAUCGAACGAGCCAGCACCACCGACAAGCAGCCUCUCUCGAGAUGUCUCUCCCACGAGGACACCGAAGAAUGUAAGGCAUAGAGACAAUGGUCAAGAGCGAACGCCAUCGGGGCUUUUGUUUUCUCCCCUCUCAACACCCGGCUCCAGAGCAUCUCUACCUAUCCGCAGUCCUCACCCGAAAUCUGGAUUACGGCCAGCAACCACAUAUAAAGAAGCCCCGCGUUUUGGACCACAGGCCAAGAACCAUGCUGCGACGAAGCCAUCGUCUCACAGUUUCAACUUUGCUGAUUUGCCUGGAUCGACGCAAACGGUUGUCAAGGGCGGAAAGGUAGUUGAGGUUCGCGGUUCCGACGAAGAUACAGACUCUCUAGUCUCACUAGAUGAUAUCCUUGGUAGUCGAGAGACUGAGCAAGUGACCUCGUGCUCGUCCUCUCCGGACAUCGAUGAGGACCGGAACGAGGCAGAGCGCAUCAAGACGUUGAGUUUAUUCACAAGGGGGCGCUCUGAUCCCUUAGUGGGGAAAGAUAAGCUGCGAGCGCUAUAUGCUCAACAAAAUGCCCGCAAAUUCGAUAUUCAAGGUAUUCUGGGAGAUCACUUCGACGACCAGGAGACUGAGGAGAAAGUCAAGAAAGCAGAGAAUCAUUACGAAGAAUCAACCAAGCCACAGUCAUUGGAUCGGAAGUGGGAAGUGGAUCGGAAUCUUCUUGCUGCAGUUGCAAUGACAGAAGACGGCGACGAUGGCGUUUCUAGGCUUUUGACUGCUGUGCGGCGUCAGGAAGUAUUGAACACGGAUAAAUCGUUUUCCUUUUUCGGUCGGACUGGCGUCAACGACUGGACGGACGAGCCACCACCAGUGAAGUCCUUUCCCCUACCUAGCAUACCUCACGGUCUUUGGCGUGCUGGAGAUGAUGGAUCCAGGUCCAGGGCGUAUCUCUCAGGACACAUGGUCGAACUUGCGGCUAGAAGCCAAUUGGACGAUCCUGCAUUGAGAUGGACAUUUCAGAAUGUUGUGACCGAGCCGCAUGAUGCAGCCAGGCAGGCAUAUAUCAAUUGUCUAUCGAAAGCGAGCGCAGCAUGGACGAGAACUAAUAUCAGCACAGCAGACGUUAACCGCGUCUUUCAGACUUUAGGUGCGGAGCUCGCAAGCCUGCAAGAUUCAGGAGCCAUCGAACCUCGACACUAUUCCACCAAAGAACCCAAUAGACGAGAUUCGAGAUAUCUUCUAGCAGCUCUUGAUUUGUUUCGAGCGAUUGCCCAAGAUAUGGACUUUGCUGCACUGGGCAAAUUGACCUCAACUACCUGCCGAUUAGCUAUUGAUCAACAAUUGAUGAGCGACGGGCUUGUGGCUGGCAAAGUGGAAGAGCUAUUAUCGACAAUACUAUCUUUCAAAGACACCGAUGUACAGUCGCAUGUCGUAGAACGAAUGCUCAAUGAUGUUGGGCGGCAUCUCCAAACACCGCUGCUUCAAGCCCAGUUGCUUGCACAUAUUGCCCCAGUCUCACCUACCGCAUGUCGAACGCGCAUUACUCUGGCUCAACAGUUUCUUUUCGGUGCCGAAACGCUGGAAACAAAGAAGCUUGAUCAUUUCGAGGUCAACCUUGAUUCAUUGACGAAACUCAUCGCCAAUUCUCCGUCCUUCAACACCAGUCGCCACAAGAGCUCAGACCCAUUAGAUUACGUCUCCCUACGGUCAUCAUCAUACCUUCUAGAUGUGGCAAUAAGCGACGGCGGCCGCCCUGGAAGCUUUCUCUCACACAGCGAAGAAAAUGCAUUCAACAGAGCUGUGGACCGACUCGCAGACGCCGUCCGAUCGACGUUCAUCGCCAUCGUUGACACGGGUGCUUCGCAUAUGAGCCGCACCGAAGCGAAAGAUGUGCUGCAAGCCCUCCACUUCCGCCUGCUGUACAGCGUGCGCACCGAGGUCAGACCGAAGAAAAACAUCUUUGAUGAGAAGACCCGGAAGACACGAGAUGGCGGCGAAGUCAGGGCAGAAGACCGAGGGAGAAGUUUCUUGAAGAACUUCCUCGACCGGCAGAAGGACAAGGGGAAAGAGGCAGACAACAGCGAGAUCGCGGCGUCCUGGACAGAGUCGCCCGCUACAGACGGGCACGCGCAGAAGUCGCGACAACGCACCGAUGCAUCAUUACCAGGCACCAAGAGACAUGAAGUACAUAACACGCAUAUGCAUAUUUCUAGACUACCAGGGAACACAGACCGAGACCCCCAUACUCCCGCCAACGACGUGAGUGCCAUCACCGCCAGUAGCGGGACCAGCCCCGUCACGUCCGAUACUUCUCAGCCGUCGGAGACAGAGAAGGCAAUCCGUAUGCAGUUGGGCCUAGCUUAG